AUGGAUCUCGACUUGGCGCUCCAUGUGAAUGAACCACUUAUCCCUAAGGAAUCAAGUACGCCAGAAGAGAGGUCACUGUAUGAAUCGUGGGAAAGAUCCGAUUACUUGAGUGUGAGUCUCAUAAAGACUCAUGCUAGGGACUUCAUAAAGGCUAUUGAAGAACAAUUUGUAAAUGCUGACAAAAUGUUGGCCAACACCUUAAUGAAAAGGCUUUCAGGCAUGAAGUUUGACAAUUCUAAAGGUGUGCUUGAGCAUAUAAUGGAAAUGAGAGACAUUGCUGCUCGUCUUAAAUCCUUGGAGAUAGAAAUUUUCAAGUCAUACCUUGUUUAUCUUAUUUUGAACUCUCUUUCUACGGAAUAUGGUCCAUUUAAAAUCUUGUAUAACAUAUAA